UUGUGCGUCCGCGGUAGCUAUUCCGGAUGGGGUGCUAAUACUUGGCGUGGAAACACGAGUGCUAUGGUACUCGUACUGUUCUGUCUCGGCGAGUAUCCAAGCUUGGCACUAGAUUGCGGGUGGUGGGGCAACUUUCAGCUGACCAACUUGCUUCCGACCGUUUUUUUUUUCUUUCCCCCCUGUUUCACUCUCCAUCCAAACUUUUCUCCUCCUGUUUUCUUCACGGCAACUACGAAUCCCUCUCCGAAGACAGAAGCCCUUCACAGUGACCUAAUAGCAAUCACUGGGACUUAUUUAACCUGGCAGUUCGCGCAAUGGCGGUAAGUUGGUUUCUUUAUCUCCCUCUACACCAGCUUUAACAUUGCAAUACGAUUACCUCUACCACGAUGCCUGGGCGGUAUUAUUCUCAUGGGCAUUCUCCCUCCUCACCUUACAGCCACUUUCGAGCUAACGAUGCCCCUCCGGUCGUCAAAAAAAAGAACUACUAUAUCGAGAAUAAGAACGUCGGAGAUAGGACCAAUUCGGAAGAUUGGCGUAUCUGCGGAUACAAUCCAUUGACCCCGCCGGACCUACUCCAACAUGAGCUUCAACAGACCAGCAACUCAAAGGCUACCGUAUUGAGGGCCCGCGAAGAGACUGUUGCCAUUCUUCACUCCAAGGAUCCGCAACAUCGUCUCCUCGUCGUUGUUGGGCCAUGCUCCAUUCAUGACCCCAUUGCGGCUCUCGAGUACGCCAAUCGCCUUCUCCCUCUCAAGGAGAAGUACCAGAAUGAGCUCCUCAUCGUGAUGCGCGCCUACCUCGAGAAGCCGCGCACUACCGUCGGGUGGAAGGGGCUCAUUAAUGACCCGGAUAUCGAUGGCUCUUUCCAGAUCAACAGAGGACUCAGGAUUAGUAGGCAGUUGUUCAUUGAUCUUACCGAACUUGGCAUGCCACUCGCUAGUGAGAUGCUCGAUACCAUUUCCCCGCAAUUCCUUGCGGAUAUGCUGAGCGUCGGUGCUAUUGGUGCCAGGACUACCGAGAGUCAGCUACAUCGAGAGUUGGCGAGUGGUUUGAGUUUCCCUGUUGGGUUCAAGAAUGGAACCGAUGGAAGUUUGGAUAUCGCAAUUGAUGCAAUUGGAGCGUAGGUUCUACCCUCCUUUUACCCGAUUGCCUAAAGCUGAUGUUUGUAUGCGGGUAGUGCUAAAGGCUCUCACCACUUUUUGUCUGUUACCAAGCCCGGUGUCGUCGCAAUUGUGGCCACAAUUGGCAAUGAGGAUUGUUUUGUUAUUCUCCGCGGCGGGAAGAAGGGAACGAACUAUGAUGCGGCAAGUAUCAAGGAUUCAAAGGAGAGGCUCCGCGCGAAGAAGACCCAGGACAAACUUAUGGUUGAUUGCUCUCAUGGUAACUUCGCACCAGUGUUCCUACUCACCGCGAGACGCUAAUCUUGCCCCAGGAAACUCCGAAAAGAACCAUCUCAACCAGCCCAAGGUCGCUGCUUCGGUUGCAGAACAGCUCCGUAACGGCGAGGACUGUAUUAUGGGUGUUAUGAUUGAGUCCCACAUCAACGCUGGCAACCAGAAGGUGCCGGAGGAAGGAAAGGCUGGCCUCAAGUAUGGGGUCAGCAUCACAGAUGCCUGUAUUAAUUUUGAGGAUACCGAAGGCGUCUUGGAGAUGCUUGCGGAUGCGGUCAAGGCUAGGAGAGAGCUAUGGAAGAGCGGGCCGGAUGUCGACCUCGCCGACAGCUGA